GCAGAAAUGUUACAUAUUUCAGCUGCAGCUUUAUUGUUCUUUGGGACGGGUUUUCUCCGAGUUAUGUUUUCUACAGCAACCAUUCAGACUCAUCCAGGACAAAGUAUCACUAUGUGGUGUCCACACAAUAUCCAUGUUACUGGAAAUCUGUACUGGUUCAAACAAUCAGACGGUGCUGUACCCGUUACUAUUGUGCACAUGUUAUACACCGAAAGUCUUCAGAAGGUUGAGCCAAAUUAUUUCAACAGUUUCACAAAUGAUUGCAUCGUCAUGGAUCAGUUCAGCAAAAGCACCACCCUAACAAUUAAGCAAGUGAAAAUUUCUGAUUCUGGCUUCUACUUUUGUGGAGCUACAGGUUAUCACAUGAAAUUUGGCACUGGAACCAGGCUUGAAGUAAAAGCGCAUGUUGAAAAACACCACAAUUUAAAUACUAUUGUAAAUGCCACAAUGGUUAAUGACUUGCCAACUGUUUUCAUAUCAGAGAAAAAUUUCACAGGAACCUCAAAAAUGGAUCAUGAGCAAUCACCCGUGUCUACUGAGGAGUGUUCUAGAGACAUCUAUUUCAAACUGACCCUCCUAUUUGGUGGAAUAAUUUUUUUUACAUGUAUCGUUCCUCUUAUUUUGGCGAUUAUCAGGGAACACAGAAGACAGAAGCAUAAAAAAGUCGCUGAAUGUCAAGCACAACAGCAUGAUGACAAGGAAAAUUAUUCAGUAGAAUAUGCUGCUGUGUAUUUCUCAAACAAAAGACCCAAAACAGGAGGACGACAUACUGAGGACCCAACUGCUGUGUAUAGUACAUUUGCUUUGGGCAUUUCAUUGCAUGUGUCUCAACCAGAGUCAGCAGUGAGGGUUCAAUCUGGACACUCCGCAGCUCUUCAGUGCUUCACACCAGACAAUGGGCACUUUAAGGUGUUCUGGCUAAAAUUUCAGAACAGUUCUGCUCCAGACUUUGUGGCUUUGGCUGAAUCAGACAAAACUGGCAUAAUGAUUGGAGAAAAAUUUCAGGAUCCUUCAAAGUUUAGAUUAACAUGGAACCAGCUCAGCUUCAAUCUCUCAGUACUGAACAUCGAGCAAAGAGACAUCGCUGUGUACUACUGUGGGAUGAUUAUUUUUAAUAGGAUGUUUUUUGGAAAUGGAACAAGACUGAUGUUUGAAGAGCAUUUUAAUG